AAAGCCGCUUCUCAUUUCAUAUAUCUAAUGGAGCUCCUUCCAACGUAUAUUUCAUUUCAUAAUGGCAAAUUUAAGAUCGCCAGUACGACUAGAGAAUUGGAUUAUAUUUUGGGUUGUUCAUCCACAGAAACUCUAGCUGACUUUCUUUCAGACAACUCUCCUACUAAUGAGCGCCCUAUUAAACCCGUGGCAACAACGGAAAUUUUCGGAAUGGUUGGUCGAUUAUUUGCUAGAGAAGACGGAAAAACUUUUAUUUUGUUUCGCGCAGCUGUCAAAUCAAUAGUAAAUGUGGAAUGGAUUCAACAAAUCGUUAAUACGUUCAACACGCUUCUCGAUUAUAAGCGCAGGGGCAAAGGAAAUUCACCGAUUGCCCACAAGGUUUGGCCAGUUGCACUAGCAAUUUUAGCUGCUACAUGUUCUUUUCACUUUUUGCAAAACGACUACGCACAAGUCGGAAACAAUCCUUUGACUGAUGAUCAGAAGAAACGAUCCAAAGAAAAACUUACAGAUCUCAGGAAUAUUCUGGAAAAAAUUUGCAAAAACUUGAGAGGGAAACAAAUAGAGGAUUUUAAUGGCAAUCUCGGUGUUCUCCAAACUUGUCUUGAAAAGUUUGAACCCUUUGUGAGCGAAAUGAAUUCUCUUUUAGAAUCCAAAAUACAAUCUUUAAAUGAAGACAAAGAGAGGCUAGAAAUUAUAUGCGGAGUUACAACAAUUAGCGCUGUAUUGUUCGCUGGAACAUUAGGCGCAUAUUGGAAGCUUUUAAGCAUUACUAAGAAAGUUGUAGGUUCUGGAAUAGUUGUUUGUGGUUCAUUAUGUCCUGCUCACUUAGUAAUCUUAUUACGUAAAAUGAUCGAUGAGCAUGAUCGUAUGCACGAAACUGUCAAGAGUUUAACAGAUUUCUUGAGUGAAAUUCGUGCUUCCAUCAACGAAAUCGAUAUUGACCAAAUCGAGGAUGAGAUAAAAUUGUUGCUCGAUCAGUUUAAGAAAUUCCAAGAUAAAAUCGGAGAAUAUGAGACUAAGAUUUCUUUAUAG